UACUGCCACUGCGCCAACCCAAUGACUUCGCGAACAGCACGUUACAAAGACGACGACCUCGCCGGAGAGCCGCCAUCCACGGCGGACAAUGCGGCGCUGGACGAUACCACAUCGGUAGAGAAGCUCUUCGAGGCCAAACCGGUGCCGCCAUGGACGAAACAGCUCACUGUGCGAGCGAUUUUCGUUAGCGCCGUGCUUGCGUUCGCGUUCACGUUCAUCGUAAUGAAGCUCAACCUCACCACUGGGAUUAUUCCUUCCUUGAACGUUUCUGCGGGAUUGUUAGGGUUCUUCUUCGUGAAGACAUGGUCCAAGGUUCUCGCUCAAACGGGGCUUCUCAGGACACCGUUCACGCGCCAAGAGAACACCGUCAUUCAGACCUGCGUCGUCGCCGCCAGCGGAAUCGCCUUCAGCGGUGGUUUUGGUAGCUACCUGUUUGGAAUGAGUUCAAUUAUCGCAAAUCAAUCGCCAGAAGCUGCUGCUGCUGCGGAUAUUAAGAACCCGAGUUUAGGAUGGAUGAUUGCUUUUCUGUUUGUUGUUAGCUUUCUUGGCCUCUUUUCUGUGCUUCCUCUUCGGAAGAUUAUGAUUGUAGACUUCAGAUUGACAUAUCCUAGUGGUACUGCGACAGCCAAUCUUAUCAAUGGUUUCCAUACUCCAGAGGGCGCAGAGCUAGCUAAGAAGCAAGUAUCAAAGCUGGGAAGAUUUUUCUCCAUGAGCUUCUUAUGGAGUUUCUUCCAAUGGUUUUUCACUGCUGGUGAUGAUUGCGGAUUUUCAAGCUUCCCUACAUUUGGUCUACAGGCCUAUAAGAACAAGUUCUACUUUGAUUUUUCCGCUACUUAUGUUGGGGUUGGGAUGAUUUGCCCAUAUAUAAUUAAUGUAUCCCUACUGAUUGGUGGAAUUCUCUCAUGGGGUGUCAUGUGGCCACUCAUUGCUAAUAAAAAAGGUGAUUGGUAUGAUGCAAAACUUAAGUCAAGCAGCUUAGAGGGCCUUCAAGGUUACAAGGUUUUCAUUGCCAUAGCAAUGAUUCUUGGUGAUGGUCUAUACAACUUCGUGAAGGUUCUUGCCCGCACACUUUCUGGUUUAUAUAAGCAAUGCUACAAAAAGGACUCGGACGUUGGUCCAACCGAUGAUUCCUCGCAUGGCCACCCUCCGUCAAUCUCAUACGACGACAAGCGCAGAACCGAGCUUUUCCUCAAGGACCAAAUCCCCACCUGGUUUUCUAUUGCUGGAUAUGUCAUCAUUGCAGCGAUCUCAACCAUAACUCUUCCCUUCAUCUUCCACCAGCUAAAGUGGUACUACAUUAUUGUCAUCUACAUCAUUGCACCAGCACUAGCAUUUUGCAAUGCCUUUGGCUGUGGACUAACUGAUUGGUCCCUUGCAUCCACUUAUGGAAAAUUAGCCAUUUUCUGUAUUGGGGCAUGGGCAGGGUCUGAUGGUGGCGGUGUUCUAGCCGGUUUGGCGGCAUGUGGUGUCAUGAUGAACAUUGUUUCAACAGCUUCUGACCUUAUGCAGGACUUUAAAACCGGAUACAUGACAUUGGCCUCACCAAGGUCCAUGUUUGUGAGCCAAGUUGUUGGAACUGCCAUGGGUUGCAUUAUAUCUCCUUGUGUCUUUUGGCUUUUCUACAAGGCCUUUGGUAACCUUGGGAGCCCUGACUCACAAUACCCUGCUCCUUAUGCCCUUGUUUACCGGAACAUGGCGAUAUUGGGGGUCGACGGCUUCUCGGCUCUACCAAGAUACUGCCUCACUCUCUGCUGUGCGUUCUUUGUUGGAGCCAUAGUUAUCAACCUUAUUAGGGACAUGGUAGGAAACAAGUAUGCAAGGUUCAUUCCAAUUCCAAUGGCCAUGGCAAUACCCUUUUACAUAGGGAGCUAUUUUGCCAUUGACAUGUGUCUUGGAAGCUUGAUUUUAUUUAUUUGGGAGAAGGUUAACAAGGAAAAUGCUGAGGCAUUUGGAUCAGCUGUGGCUUCUGGUUUGAUCUGUGGUGAUGGAAUCUGGACACUACCUAGCUCAAUUAUUGCUCUUGCAGGGGUAAAGCCUCCAAUUUGCAUGAAGUUUUUGUCCAGAGCAACAAAUGCAAAGGUGGAUGCAUUCUUAGGAUAAAUUCGAAAUAAAGAUUCUCCUUUGGAAUUCAACACCUAAGUCUUAGACCUCGUUUUAUUAUCUUUAG